UCUAUUCUUCCGAAAUCUGUCAUUUGACUUUUCUCAAAAACAUAAUGGCAGAAGGAGGUAUUCGUGGCUCAAAAGAUCUUUUUUCCUGUUCAGUAUGUCUGGAAAUCUUGAGCGACCCUGUCUCCAUUCCAUGUGGACACAAUUUCUGUAUGAAGUGUAUUACCAGCUGCUGGGAUUCUACCGAUGUGUACAGCUGUCCUCAGUGCAGAGAGACCUUCACUUCAAAGCCGGACCUGCGCAGAAACACCCUGCUGGAUGAAGUUGUGAAGUCAGUAAACUCAACUAAACUAUUUUUACCUCAACGUUAUGCUGGAUCUGUUGAUGUGGAAUGUGAUUUCUGUACUGAAAAGAAGCUCAGAGCUGUGAAGUCCUGCCUCACUUGUCUGGUUUCUUUCUGUGAGACACACAUGCAGCCCCACUUCGAAAUUGCUGCACUUAAAAAACAUAAACUGAUUAAUGCAAGUAAAAACCUGCAGCAAAAGCUCUGUGCACAACAUGAGAAAACAGUGGAAGUGUUUUGUAAAUUGGAUCAGACCUGCAUUUGUUUGUUGUGCAUGCUGGCUGAACAUAAGGGUCAUGAGAGUGUGGAGCUGGAAACCGAGCGAGCUGAGAAACAGACUCAGAUGUCAACAACUCUGACAGAAAUCCAGCAGAGAGUUGCAGAGAGAAAUAAAAAGGUAGAGGAGAUGCAGAAGGCUGUAAAACGAAUUAAGAACUGUGAAGAAACAGAAAUAACUGAAACUGAGAAGAGCUUUGGUGAUCUGAUCUGCACCAUUGAGGAAACCCAGAAGAAGGUGACUGAGAGUAUUAGAAAGCAAGCAAAGAGAGAAGUUGAGCGGGCUGAAGGAAUUAUUGAACAAUUGGAAGAAGAGAUUGAGGAGCUGAGGAGAAGACAUGCUGAGCUGACUGAUCUUUCGGGGACAGAUGAUCACAUCUACUUCCUUCAGACAUUCCCAUCAGUGUGCAUUCCGCUUCAAGAUGACGUUCUCCCAGAUAUCACUGUAAGUACAGACUUUCGUUCUGAAGAAUUGAUGGAAGAAUUAUUCAGAUUAAAUGAAGGUAUGGAGAAGAUCAGCAAGUGGGAGGGAAAGCCAGUAAUUGCAAAUCCAUCAUGCAUUCAAGGUCUGUCAGAGUCAUGGAACAAAGAUGACUUUAUGAAAUAUCACUGUCAGCUCACAUUGGACCCUAUAUCAGCACACACAAAUCUCUGUUUAUCUGAGGAGAAUACAGCGGUGACAUGGGAAAAAGAUAAGCAAAUCUACUUACAUAGCCCACACCAGUUUGACUCCUGCUAUCAAAUUCUGUCUAAAGAAGGACUGUCUGGAAAUCGCUUUUACUGGGAAGUGGAGUGGAGUCACACUGUCGAAAUUGGAGUCACAUACAAAGGAAUCGGCAGAAAAGGAGAUAAUGAUGAGUGUUGUCUUGGCUGUAAUGAUAAGUCAUGGAGUUUGUUUUGCUGUUCUACACAUACCUCGGCAUGGCACGAUAACGAGGAGACUGAAUUAAACGCAGAAGCCGGUAAAACAAUUGGUGUGUAUUUGGACUGGCCUGCUGGCAUUCUGUCAUUUUACGAUAUUUCUGAUACCAUGACUCUCCUUCACAGUUUUAAGGCUAAUUUCACUGAACCACUGUAUCCUGCAUUUCGGCUUUGGGUUUAUUCCCCAACCAUAAAAAUCUGUGCUCCAGAAUAAAAAGUUUAAUUCAGCAUUUUUAAGAUUGUUCUCUUAAAUUUUAAUUUAGGUUUCUGCUGUAAUAUUGGAGUGUUUCAGAAGCAGGAAUGUUGUAAAUGUUGAUGAAUUUAACAAGCAUUAUUGGGAUUCUGAGAGUCAUCAUAUUAUUGGUUAUAAAGAGAUAGCACAUUUAAUAGAAAAAAAUUGUAGACAAUUUGUAGUGUUAUGUAUUUUAUUAUUUUUCUACCCUGAAUGCCUGUCUACUGUAUCCAGUCCUCUUUUUUGAUUACUUUAAUCUCCAGUCCACCACCUUCCAUACUUUUUUCUUAUUUUUUAUUUACUAACAAGAAAUUGUUAUCAUGAAAAUAACAGUUAUAUAUAUUCUGCCUUUUAUUGUUAUCCUGCUUGGGUGGAUUUAUCUUGUUGUAUGUUUAGCAAUGUACAGCUUAGCUGAUGGCUUUCAAAUUAUUUAACAUUGUAAACUCUCCAUAGUCCAGGUAUAAUUAAAGCUCUUGAUGAUCUGU